AUGGCGCAAUCACGCAACGGCCAUCACCAGUCAUGGUGGCGAUUCCUCGCCCUGGGACUCGCAGCCAUUGACUGUAUUUCUGCUGCAAGUACCAGCGGUUCCAAGAAGUGGCCAUACCAGACAUUCCGCAGUGUUGACUACCACCCGCCGCAGCUGAAAGUCACCAAGAAUGCCAACGUCACUGGCCUCGAUGCCAAUUCCACAGGAUAUCUCUUUAUCACUCCUACCGGCGCAGAUGCAGCCGAUCAGGGUCCGAUUAUCAUCUCUGACCACAAUAGCGAGUUGAUCUGGCAGGGACCGACUGGAACAGCCUUUGGGUUCCAGGCACAUACGUUCGAAGGACGCCCAGUUAUCAGCUACUGGACUGGCACUGCCUUCCCGGACCCGAGAGGAUUCGGGUACGGCGUGAUAAAAGUCCUAGAUCAGUCAUAUCAGCAGAUCCACCAAGUGUCUCUUCCACAGGUCACGGAAGAUGGCGUGUUUUACAGCGGCGAUAACAUGACCUACCCGUCGUAUGUAGAUAUCCACGAAAACUUCGUCACGGACCGCGGCACUAUCCUCGUCACCGCGACCAAUGUUACGAAAGCCGAUUUGACAAGUGUUGGGGGACCCAAAGAUGGUUGGCUCAGAGACUCGUUAUUCUAUGAGAUCGACAUCAAGACGAACAAAGUGGUGUAUCGGUGGAGUUCAUUUGAGCAUAGAGAUGACAUCCCGAUAAACCAGACCGUGGAAACAUUACACGGUGAAGGAAGUCAGCCGUCGGAUGCGUUCAACUACUUCCACAUGAACGCCGUCUCCUUGGUUGGAAACAACACAUAUCUGGUGUCGUCCCGAUAUUACUGUACUAUCUUCCUGAUCAAUGGGAAGGACGGCUCAGUGAUCUGGAGAUUGCAGGGCAAAGACGGCGGCGACUUCAAGCUCGGUCCGGACGCUGGUUUCUGCUAUCAACACAAUGCACGCUUGGUCAAUGCACGUUUUGUUGGGCAAGGGUCAGAUCGAGUCCGCCUCCACCUGCACGAUAACGCAAAUAGUUACUACCAAAAUGGAACAAGGCCAACAUCAGGCCUUCUGCUCGAACUAGACCUCAAGUCAAAGGAGGCCAGGACCAUCAAGCGAUUCAGAAAUCCCAACGACCCUAUAUACGCCAUCUCCCAAGGGAGCUACCAGCCGCUUCGCAACGGACAUGUUGUUCUGGAUCAUGGCGAGGUCCCUAAAAUCGAAGAAUACGACUUCAGCGGCCGUUGGAUCAAGACAGUACAAUUUGCGGCAGACUCCUCCUCGUAUCGUGGAUUCCGUCAGGAGUGGGUUGGAAAACCAGACACCACCCCAAGCCUUGCUGCCUGCUCAACGGGAAACUCGACAAAUCUGUAUAUGAGCUGGAAUGGAGCAACCGAGGUUACGUCGUGGGCUAUUUAUAGUGGAGAAAGCCAGAAGGAGCUGCAAUACGUCAAGUCGGUUCCGAAGAAGGGAUUCGAAACGUCGACCACCGUCACGGCUCCAUCUUCUGGAUACGUGCAGGUCGAGGCGAGACAAAGACAUGUUCAACAGGGGAAGAAGUCCCUUGCGCUUUCAGUUUUGGGGCUACCGUCAUGUUGA